UUGGAGAGUGGAGAACAAUUCUCGUCAAAGUUACGUCAACGGCCAUAUACCAGAAUACGGAUAUAAGCUCAAAAAGUUGUAGGGAGCUAGGGCUUUGGCAAUCGAUUUCCGGUUCCGACUACAUUUCAGCUCCUAAUGGAUUGCUCUGAUACCGGAUAUUCGUUCCAAGUUUCAGACGACACCGAGAAAUUCCUUUGUGACCAACUUUUGGAUCAAAACCAACCGAUUUCGGAGCGAUUCAGAGCCCUCUUCUCUCUUCGCAACCUCCGUGGGCCUGCUCCUCGCAAUGCCCUUGUCCAAGCAACAAGGGACGCGUCAAACCUGCUAGCACAUGAAGCUGCAUUUGCAUUGGGUCAGAUGCAAGAUGCUGAUGCUAUCCCUGCUUUGAAAGCUGUUCUAAAUGAUCUUUCAUUGCAUCCCAUUGUUCGCCACGAGGCUGCAGAAGCUCUUGGCGCAAUUGGUUUAGAAAGUGUUGUUGGCCUUUUGAAGUAUAGUUUGGCUUCAGAUCCAGCUCAAGAAGUGCGGGAAACAUGUGAACUUGCUUUGAGUCGAAUUAAGGAGCUGAAGAACACAUCGCCCUCAAAAUCAUCACCUUUCUUGUCAGUCGACCCAGCCACACCUGCUUCUUGUUCUUCUGCACAGGAAUUGAGAGGAGUUCUAUUGAAUGAAAGCAAUAGCAUGUAUGAACGGUAUGCUGCACUUUUUGCUCUUCGAAACCUUGGAGGAGAGGAAGCUAUCUCUGCCAUUAUUGAGUCCCUAGGUGCAAAUAGUGCUCUUCUACGGCAUGAGGUUGCCUAUGUAUUGGGCCAGUUGCAGAACAAAAAAGCUUCAGAUGCUCUAUCCCAGAUUCUUAGGGAUGGUAGUGAACAUGCAAUGGUUAGACAUGAAGCUGCUGAAGCUCUUGGUUCAAUUGCAGAUGAUGAAUGUAUCACACUGCUUGAGGAAUUUGCUAAGGAUCCAGAGCCUAUUGUCGGACAGAGCUGUGAAGUUGCUCUCAGUAUGCUUGAUUUCGAGAGAUCAGGAAAAUCAUUUGAGUACCUCUUCAUGCAGGUGCCUCAAAUGCAGCAAGCGCCGUAAGAGGUCGAUUUUUCCCUUUUUUCUUCUUCUUCUUUCAGAGAGGACAUCAAUACUCAUUAGUGUUUACUAAUUCAAAUCCACGCGAUAUGCUUCUUUAAAUUGAGGUUCCCAAACGAACCGACACUUGCUACUAUUUAUAAUAAGUUAGUGAAGUUUUAGAACCAAUUAGCACUGGAGAACCAUCGAGUUCUUUUAUGAAUAUUGUGAUUGCUUAGUACUUCUGUCGCUAUUUAACUGACAUGUGACAUGUUCAUAUCGUAAUCAAUGUCUUCAUAUAUAUGCAAUCUAACA